AUGCCACUAUUUCAAGUAGAAGGCUGGGAUUUGAAAACUACCAAAGUUUCGUUUGACAACGCUUCUUCAAAACCUUCGAAAAAGAAAGACAAAAAGAAGAGGGCCAAAGCUUCGAAAAACGGCAAUGAUUCGACACUACAGACCACGUCUCGUUCCGAGCCAGUUGAAACCGAACAAUAUUCUAGUACUGCUGUAGCUGUUCCAAGUGUUGAGGAAAAUACGCGGAAAAACAACAAGAAGAGGAAGAUUCAAGAAGAUGAAGAUACCGAGCAAAACGUCCAGCUGGACGUCAAGAAGCCACUUACUGCUUUGCAGAAGAAAAUGCUUGCUAAACUGAGUGGAUCGAGGUUCCGGUGGAUCAAUGAGCAACUGUAUACAAUUUCGUCUGAUGAGGCGCUACGUCUUGUGAAAAAACAGCCCGAAGUCUUUGACGAGUACCACGAAGGGUUCAGGUCGCAAGUACAGUCAUGGCCCGAGAAUCCUGUCAAUGUUUUUGUGAGCGAAAUCGAAAGGCGGUCAAAAAGGCCCGUCAACGCCCCGGGUGGUCUUCCCGGGUUAUCCGACAGCAAGAAAAUAGUCAUUAGCGAUAUGGGUUGUGGAGAAGCUCAACUAGCACUAGACGUCAGUAAUUUCUUCAAACGUCAUAACAAGAAAGCCAAGAAACAUCAUCAAAAAAAAUGUGAGGUGCAUAGCUUCGACCUGAAAAAGGUGAAUGAGAGGAUCACCGUGGCCGACAUUAAGCACGUUCCAUUGAAAGACGAAUCUUGUACUGUGGUCGUUUUUUGUUUAGCCCUCAUGGGUACCAACUUUCUGGAUUUUAUCGAGGAAGCGUACCGAAUUUUAGCACCAAGAGGUGAACUUUGGAUCGCAGAAAUCAAAUCUAGGUUUGCCGACGGUAAGGGCGAAGAAUUCGUAGAUGCGCUCAAAUUGCUUGGAUUUUUCCACAAGACAACCGAUGACACCAACAAAAUGUUCACAAGAUUUGAAUUCUUUAAACCACCACGUGAGAUCAUUGAAGAACGUAAAGCGAAGCUGGAAAGGAAGCAGAAAUUUAUCGAAGUUGAAACGCAAAAGGAGACCUUGCAGAAGCGUAGGAAUAAACAAGCAGAAGGCGAAUGGCUUCUUAAACCUUGUAUCUAUAAAAGGAGGUAA